AUGGAGGUUACGAUAAAAGAGGAGCCAAAGAAGACCGCCAAACGCGACGCUUUGUGUUCCAUAGAACACGGAAUUCAAGAACUAUGGGAAAGCGAGAAAGUAUUCCAAGUUGAUGCACCAACACUAGAGGAAGAGCCUGAAGACUUCUUCAAUAUACACGAGAAACACCCAAAACAUAUGGGCACAUUCCCGUAUCCAUACAUGAACGGAAGGUUACAUUUAGGGCAUUUCUUCACGAUCACAAAGGUUGAAUUUGCGACCGGUUAUGAAAGGAUGAAGGGGAAGCGAGCAUUAUUUCCCAUGGGAUUUCACUGUACGGGCAUGCCAAUCAAGGCGUGUGCGGAUAAACUUGCUCGUGAAUUGGAGCAAUUUGGACCAAAUUUUGAACUUCCAGGUAGCGAUGAAUUGGAGGUUGGCGUUAAAGAUUUGAACUUGAAUGAGGACGCCGACGUCAAAUCGGGUUCGGUUGAUCCGUCUGGGGUGGCAGCAAAAACCUCUCAUCAUAAAAAAGGAAAAGUUGCGGCAAAGUCAACAGGUCUAAAAUUUCAGUUCCAGAUAAUGCGAAGUUUAGGCGUUCCGGAUAGCGAGAUCGCCAAGUUUGCAGAUGCAAAUCAUUGGCUCUCUUACUUUCCGCCGUUGGCUAUUAAAGAUUGCAAGGCUAUUGGAGCAAAGAUAGACUGGCGCAGGUCUUUUAUAACAACUGAUGUCAACCCUUAUUACGACUCUUUUGUUCGGUGGCAGAUGAACAAAUUGAAGGCCCUCAACAAGGUGAAAUUUGGUGAGCGCUACACGAUUUAUUCACCAUUAGACGGACAGCCCUGCAUGGAUCAUGAUCGACAAAGCGGUGAGGGUGUGGGUCCGCAAGAGUACACUGGAAUAAAGCUUAAAGUUUUGGAGUGGAGUGAGGAGGCUCAAUCCGUUUUAGAAUCAUUUAAAGAGUUGGAGGGCAAAGAUGUAUUCUUUGUUGCUGCCACUCUUAGGCCGGAGACCAUGUAUGGUCAAACGAAUUGCUAUGUUGGAGUUGACAUAAAUUAUGGCCUCUUCAAGAUCAACGAAAAUGAUGUCUUCUUGUGCACUUAUCGUGCUGCUCGCAACAUGGCGUUCCAAGGGUAUUCAAAUGAGCGCGGUGUAAUCGAUCAGAUAGCCGAGGUUAAAGGUGCGGUCUUGAUCGGCACCAAAGUAGUCGCACCGUUGAGCAAGUAUGAACAUGUUUACGUCCUACCAAUGGAAAAUGUUUUAGCAACAAAAGGUACCGGAGUUGUGACUUCCGUUCCAUCAGAUUCGCCAGAUGAUCAUGCGACCCUUCAAGAUCUUAAGAAAAAGGCAGCCUAUUAUAAGGUCGAUCCUUCUUGGGUGGCUUUCGAACCCAUCCCAAUUAUUGAAACACCUACUUAUGGUAAUCUAGCCGCACCAACGAUUUGCCAGCAAAAGAAGAUUAACUCUCAGAAGGAUCGUUUGCUUUUGGCCGAGGCAAAGGAGUUGGUGUAUAAGGAAGGAUUUUAUAGUGGUACCAUGCUCGUCGGAGAAUACAAGGGAAGACCAGUUCAAGAGGCAAAACCUUUGAUCAAAGAGUUAUUGAUCUCCACCAAACAGGGAUUCGUUUAUAACGAACCCGAAUCUCUUGUGAUGUCACGAUCUGGAGACGAAUGCGUUGUGGCACUCUGCGAUCAAUGGUACCUGGAUUAUGGUGAGGAGACGUGGAGGAAAGAGGCAGAGAAGUGUUUAAGUCGACUAAAUACAUUUAGUGCGGAGACGAGGCAUCAGUUCGAAAAGACUCUGGAGUGGCUGAAUCAAUGGGCGUGUGCUAGGUCCUACGGCCUAGGUUCGAGAUUGCCCUGGGACCCUCAAUACCUGAUAGAAAGUUUGUCGGAUUCCACCAUAUACAUGGCUUAUUACACUGUUUCACAUUUGUUGCAAGGCGGUGCAUUGGAUGGUUCGACACCCGGACCACUUGGCAUUCAGGCUUCGGAAAUGACCGAUGCGGUUUGGGAACACAUAAUCUGUGGCGGACCUCGCCCAGAGGAUUGUUCGAUUCCACAAGAAAAACUCGACAAGAUGAAACGAGAGUUUAAUUAUUUUUAUCCCCUGGACCUUCGAGUCUCCGGGAAGGAUCUGAUUCCAAAUCAUCUAACGUUCUUCAUCUAUAAUCACGUCGCCAUUUUUCCCGAAAAUAAUUGGCCUCUUGGCAUAAGGUCAAACGGUCAUUUGCAGUUAAAUAGGGAGAAGAUGAGUAAGAGCACGGGAAACUUUAUGACGGGCGCUGAUGCCGUGCAGAAAUAUGGUGCGGACGCUACGAGAAUUGCAUUGGCCGACGCGGGGGACGCAAUUGAAGACGCCAAUUUUGAGGAAGCCACCGCUAAUGCCGCUAUCUUAAGAUUGUUUACCCUAAAAGAGUGGAUCGAGGAACAAGUCAGCAGCACGUCUAACCUACGAGUGGGAUCCAAGGAUAGUUUUCCCGAUCGAGUUUUUGAGAACGAGAUCAAUAGGUUGAUACAGCUGACGGAAGAGGCGUAUGACAACGCCCUUUAUCGAGAUGCACUUAAAUACGGAUUCUACGAACUGCAAUCGAGUCGCGAUUGGUAUCGUGAGGUGACACUUCAAGAAGGAAUGCACAAGGAUCUGAUACUUCGAUGGAUUACCGUGCAAGCACUGUUGCUGUCACCGAUUGCCCCACAUUGGUCAGAAUAUAUUUGGCGCGAGGUUUUGUUAAACAAAAGUCUGAUCGUGAAUGCCAAAUUCCCGGAAAUUACAAGUCAAGUUGACAAAGAAUUGCUUGAAGCGGCCGAAUACGUUCGGAAAAUUGUGAAAACAAUUCGCGAUUUGGAAAUCUCAUCUCAAAAGAAGAAGAAGAAGGGCAAGGGUGAAGAUUUUGAUCCGGAGAAACCCAAGGAGCUUAAAAUAUAUGUCGCCACAAAAUUCCCAGAGUGGCAAGAUAUCGCCGUGGAGGCGAUGAAGCAAAAUUAUGACGAGAAAACCAAGACGUUUAACGAUGUCGAGAUUCGAAAGAUUCUAUCGGAACGCGAGAUCCUAAAAAAUAAAAGAACCAUGCCAUUCGUACAAGAGUUUAAGAAAAAGGUUAAUGAAUUUGGAAUGGUGUCAUUCGAUAGGUCGUUGUUGUUUAACGAGUAUAGUACCCUUCUUACGGUGACAAACUUCUUAAAAAGGAGUCUCGGGUAUGACAAGGUGUUGGUCCUGAGAACGGUCUACGCCAUGAGUGAGGAAGAGAAGAGGGUUGCCGAAGUGGCGAUUCCCGGGGAACCGGGGAUUCUAUUUAGGAACAUAAAUCCAUCAUAA